AUGUAUCUUAAGAGGGAGAUGGAUGUGAAGAGAUACAAUGCAGCUCAGGCCUUCGGUUCGGGAGGUCUGCAUUUUAUGGGAGGGCAUGGGUUCCAUCAUCAUCAACAGGUGAACGGUCAAGUUGGCGGCUACUUUUUCGAUUGGCGCAAAGGUCCUGGAGUCAGCUGGCUUCGUACUUUGGUUAGGAGGAAAAUUCUUGAGAGAUUCUUGGGAUGUACUAGUGCGAAGGGAAAUCUAGCAUCUGAGUUUGUGCUUGGCAUAGAAACCCAGCUAUUUAUGGAGGCUACUUCAGAGGACGACUAUGUGAAUGAGCAGACUCUGAAUGAUCGGGUGCUGAGCGCAGUUCAGCAGUAUCUGUAUGGUGCUAAGUCUGGUCAAAAUUCAGAUGACUUCUGUAUGACAAUGCCAACUUUAAGGCUGCCACAUGGUUAUUGCGUCUCAGAUGCUGCAGAAACCUCUCUUCUUUGCUCAAGCAAUGCCACUAGGUCCAACUCCAUUGGGGUCCCUAUGGAUGGUUAUAAGCAGGCAGAUGCUUAUGGAUUCAUUACUUGUGAUGACAUGGACAUGCCUUCCUCAUUAAGCUCAAGUCAGGUUUCAUCUGAGACUGUUCUUCCUUUUGAGAGCAGUUCAUCAGUCUCUGCAUAUUCCAAUGCCAAUCAGAUCUCUGCUGGUGGAAGCUUAGAUGAUGGAACAUUCUCUCAUGGUGGGAACCUGCUGUACAGUUCUGAUGUAUCAUUUAAUUGUCAUGUUCAACAGCAACAUCUUGACCACGGUGAAUUUGGAGCCUCCAAACUCACAAGUUGUCUGGGCACUAACCAGAAUGCUCAAUCAAUUGAUUUUCCAUCUUCAUUGGGAGAAAGUUCAACGUUCUCCUAUUCUAACUUAAUGACCCCCCUUCAUAUUGCAAUGCAAGUCCCUGAAGUUGCAACUCUUGAGGAUAUACUGCAGUCUGACUCUGUCAUAAUGAAGUCUCAAAAUAACCUUAAACGAUCCCAUCAUCCCUAUUUUCAACCCCAAGUUCUUCCGCCGCAGUCACAGGGUGUUCAACAUUCUGCUUCAGGUGGACCCUGUUUAGGAAAUAUUGAAGACAUGCCUUCAAAAAGGUUGAAGAUGGAGAGUGAAAAGGAAAGUUUUUAUUUAUUGUCUCCCGAAGGACUUCAGCCACACUCUGAAUCCCUGGUAAUAAAGUCUCAAGAAAACCACAAACGACCCUAUGAUCCAUAUUUGCGGAUUCAAGUUCCUCCAGAACAGUCACUAGCAGAUAAACAGCCUGCUUCAGAUGGACUCAGUUCCGGAAAUAUUGAAGAUGUACUGCUUUUUUCAAAAAGGGAGAAGAUGGAAAUUAAAACGGAAAAUUUUCCUCCCUCGCCUCCUUCAGUUGUUCAAGCCUGUAUUUCGGAAGGAUUUUCAAACCUGCAGCAACAGUCUGAAUCUCCUUUAUCUUUUAAUUCUGAAGUAAAACAAGUGAAGGUGGGACCAGUUGAGAGUUCUAUACACAAUUCCAUGAGGAUCUAUGAUGUUAAACAAAGUGAUGUUGACAAUAUUAAACUCAAUGAUGUGCCCCUUCCUUCUGGAGGGUUUGCUUGUCAUCAGAGGGAGCGAAUAGACCCUAUUAGCAGCUCUGAGGUUAUAGAAAAUAUGAAACAAGUUCCUGAAAGGACAGACUCCGGGAGCAUCAAUUUAUCCUCGGAAGAGCGUAGUGUUGAUUCUAAAGAUGGAGGGGUAAGGACCGAGUUCAUCCAAACAGAGCCAAAACCAGAGCCUGAUCUUAUGGAAGUGAAAAUGCAAGGGAUGCCAGGUCUUUCCUUAACUGAACUCUUCACAACAGAGCAAAUCAAGGAACAUUUGUCGAGUCUUAGGCACAGUAUUGAUCAGAGUAACUUGAUGGAAGAUACGGGAAACGGUGAGCAAGUGUGUCAGUUGUGUGCAAUUGGUAAGAGGUCGUUUGCCCCAGCACCAAUGUAUUGUUCAUGUUGUGGUGCCCGUAUAAAGCGCAGUGUAAACUAUUAUCGCACACUAGAUGAGCAUGGUGUACGAUAUUGUUUUUGUUCAAUGUGCUAUAAGGUGUCUCGAGGUGGAAAUAUCUCCUUUCGUGGUAUAUCUGUUUCAAAAGCAACACUUGGUAAGAAGAAGAAUGAUGAAGAAAUUGAAGAAUCGUGGGUCCAAUGUGAUAAGUGCGAUGGCUGGCAACAUCAGAUAUGUGCUCUCUACAAUGAUAAAUGUGAUUUGGAUGGCAAAGCUGAGUACAUAUGUCUUAAAUGCUUGUUAAAAGAGACAGUACUUGGAGACCGCAAACCCUUGGCUGAAAAUGCUGUUUUCGGUGCUAAAGAUCUCCCAACUACCAUGCUUAGCAACCACAUAGAGCAAAGACUGAUUAGACGCCUUAAUCAAGAGAGAGAACAGAGAACAGAAGUUCAAGGAGAAGGAUUUUCUGAGGUUGCAAGAGCGGAAGAUCUUGUUCUCAGAGAGGUUUUAUCUGUUCAAAAGACAGUUACUGUGAAGCAGCAGUUUUUGAGUCUCUUUCAUGACGAGAAUUACCCUGCUGAGUUCCCAUACAGAUCAAGGGUUAUUCUUUUGUUUCAGAAGAUUGAAGGUGUAGAUGUAUGCCUUUUUGGAAUGUAUGUGCAAGAGUUUGGGUCAGAAUGUAGUCCUCCAAAUAAGCGCUGUGUGUAUAUAUCGUAUCUCGAUUCCAUCAAGUACUUCAGGCCUGAGAUAAAAACUGUGACAGGAGAAGCUCUUCGUACCUUUGUUUACCAUGAAAUACUCAUCGGUUACCUUGAUUUUUGCAAGAAACGAGGUUUUGUGACCUCUUAUAUAUGGGCGUGCCCCCCGUGCAAGGGUGAAGAUUAUCUUUUAUAUUGCCAUCCGCCGGAGCAGAAAACUCCCAAGUCUGAUAAGCUGCGUCAAUGGUAUCAAGCGAUGAUAAAAAAAGCAACUGAUGAAAAGAUUGUGGUCGGUUCCACUAAUUUAUAUGAUCGCUUUUUUAUCCCUACUGGGAAAUGCAACUCCAAGGUAACAGCAGCUCGGUUGCCAUAUUUUGACGGUGACUAUUGGUCCACUGCUGCUGAAGAUUUGAUAAAGAAGAUGGAACAGGAAAGAACAAAAGAGAAAAAGACGAUAAGAACAAGAACCUUGAAAGCCAUGGGACAUACAAGUCCUUCUGAUGGUUCAACUAAGGAUAUUCUACUGAUGCAAAAGCUGGGGCAAACCAUUUUACCUAUAAAGGGGGACUUCAUGGUUGUGUACUUGCAGUAUGUUUGCACCCACUGUCAUGAAGCGAUAUUAUCUGGGAGACAAUGGUCAUGCAAUCAGUGCAAAAAUUUUCACCUGUGUGAAAGGUGCCAUGAUGCUGAGCGUAACCUUUAUGGGAAGGACGUGCACCUUUCAAUCAACAAGGAACAUCAUGUGCUCUCUCAGGUUAUGGUGAAGGAUGUUCUUCCUGACACUGAGGUUGAAGAUGUUAUUUUGAACAAUGAUUUAUUUGAGAAUAGGUAUUCUUUCUUGAGUUUUUGUGAGAAAAAUCAUUAUCAGUUUGACACACCUCGCCGGGCCAAGUAUUCCUCAAUUAUGAUUUUGCAUCACCUUCGGAAUCUAACUGUGCGGACUGCUGGGAACAUAUGCAGCAUUUGUCAUAAGGAUGGUAGGGUUGAUCAGAUCUGGGUAUGUGGGGUCUGCCCAGAGUUCGAUGUCUGUGCAAAAUGCUAUCAAGAGAAAGGCACUUCUAGUCACAUUCAUAAAUUGACUCGAACCUCCCCGACAGUUACCCAUAUGACUGAGAGCUCUCCCACUGUUAGCCAUGUGACGGAGGACUCUCCUUCAGUUAGCCAUGUGAUGGACGACUCUCCUUCAGGUAGUCAUGUGACAGAGAGCUCUCUUACAGUAAACCAUGUGACAGAGAACUCUUCCUCAGUUAGCCGUGUGAUGGAGAGAUCUUCGCCACUGAACCAUGCAACUAGGAGUACUAUGGCACCGUUGAACACAUUGGUGAUAAAGAAAAUGGUUGAUGCUUUGCAACAUGCUUCUAGUUGUCCGUCUACCACCAGCCAGCCUUGCUCUUACCCAAACUGCCUCCAAAUGAAAAGGUUAUUUUCCCAUGCAAAUAGAUGCACUGUUCGAGCAUCUAGAGGUUGCACACUCUGUCAGAAGGCAUGGAUUGGAAUAAAGGCUCAUUCUGCAAGCUGUAGAGAAUCAAAUUGCAGAGUACCACGUUGCAUGGACCUGAGGAAUUUUGUAGAGAAGCGGGCGCAAACGACUAGUCAGAUAGAUAGCAGUGAAGGUUGCUGAGAGAUAGUUCAAAUGUACAGAUAGAUGGACUGUCGACUCCAGCAGCCUAGCAAAGGAGUAGCAUGUUCAACAACACAGGAUCCCCAAGUAUAUUACUGUUACCACCAAACUUGAAUAGAACAUCACCCUCUAGGCUUCCCAUUUUAAAGGGUUAGGGUGUCCUUGUAAGUUUUUAGUGCAAUUUUGAAAAACACAAAUAUGAUCAAUAAAAUCAUUUUCAAU